UGAAAUUCACACACACACACUCACCCACAGAGAGCUGUGCAAAAGUUGGUGGUGGCCUGUGGAGAUAAUAAGCGAGGUCCGGCCGUGCGAUAGUUUGCUGUCCGAUAGAGCAUUUAAUCGGUGAAGUUGGCCAGAACAGAACGGCCGCUCGGGCUUCGGUGCCAACGCGUUCCCGCAAUCGAUUAAAUCGCCCCGUCUCUUGCGAGUGUGAGUAGUGUGUGUGUGCGUGAGUGUGUGUAGAAUAAGGCCAACAAUUGUGUUGUGAUUUGUGCUGGCAGAGCCAGAGGCAGAGCUGUGUUGUGACCUGUUGGCACUGUAGCUUUCGUUUAACAUUUCGUUUAUUUACCUAUGCAAUAAACACUGUUUGCGACCAAAAGUCUCACCUCCACUGAAGGAGAAUUCCGCUGUGAGGCAGCAGCAUGCCCCGCCAGUACGAAGAGGAUGAGGCCCGCCGUCCAAUACUGCAGCCGGACACGGACACGGACGAGCCGACCGGAACCGGCAGUGGUCGCUCCCUGACCCGCCACGGACGGCCAAGCGAUGACGACGAGCUGGCGGAGCGGUUGACGGGCUGUGGGGCGAGCGCGUGCUGUAAUCCGUCCUCCUUUCUGCACCGCUUCCAGGCCCUUAUCUUGAUGUGUUUGGUCGGUUUCGGCUCGUACUUCUGCUACGACAAUCCGGGAGCGCUGCAGGAUACGUUCAAGUCGGACCUUAAUCUCACCACCACUCAGUUCGUGAUGCUGUACUCGAUCUACUCGUGGCCGAACGUGAUCCUGUGCUUUAUUGGUGGGUUUUUGAUGGACCGUGUGUUUGGCAUCCGGCUCGGGACGAUCAUCUACAUGUUUAUACUGCUAAUCGGGCAGCUGAUCUUCGCGAUGGGCGCCACGAUCAAUCUAUUUUGGCUCAUGAUUGUGGGACGCUUUAUGUUUGGCAUUGGCGCGGAAUCGCUCGCAGUGGCCCAGAACAGUUACGCCGUGCUGUGGUUUAAGGGCAAGGAGCUGAACAUGGUGUUUGGGCUGCAGCUGUCGUUUGCGCGCGUCGGCAGCACGGUAAACUUUCUCGUGAUGGUACCGAUCUACAAGUACGUCAAGAGUCUCGGCUACCAGGGCCACAUGUGCACCGGGGUGGUCCUUCUGCUCGCCACACUGACCUGCGUAAUGUCGAUGAUCUGUGCGCUCAUACUCGGUUGGAUGGAUCGCCGGGCGGCACGCAUACUGAAGCGCAACGAUUCGGCCCCGGGAGGAGAGGUAGCGAAGCUGUCGGACGUCCGCACUUUUCAGGUGUCCUUCUGGAUGGUGACCGUGAUCUGUGUGGCGUACUAUGUGGCCAUCUUCCCGUUCAUUGCCCUCGGGAAGGUGUUCUUUAUGCGCAAGUUUGACUUUUCAUCCGAGGACGCGAACACGGUCAACUCGAUCGUGUACAUUAUUGCGGCGGUCGCGAGUCCACUGUUCGGGCUGAUUGUCGAUCGUACCGGGCGCAAUGUGCUGUGGGUGUUUCUGUCCGUGCUGGUGACGAUUGUGGCGCACGGCAUGCUGGCGUUUAGUUAUCUGAAUCCGUACAUUGGCAUGAUUACGAUGGGGUUGGCGUACUCGAUGCUGGCCUCCAGCCUGUGGCCACUGGUUGCGCUGAUCGUGCCGGAAUAUCAGCUCGGAACGGCUUACGGAAUCUGCCAGUCGGUUCAGAACCUGGGCCUUGCCGUGAUUUCGAUGAUAUCGGGAAUGAUCGUGGAUAAGGGCGGAUAUUUCAUGCUGGAAAUGUUUUUCAUUGGAUGGCUCAUUGUUUCGCUACUGGCCACCAUCGUUAUCUGGAUGUACGACGCAAGCAACGACGGCAUAUUGAACAUGAGCCCUGCGGCACGUUCCCUUUACGCAAACAAAACCUUGCCGCGCAUGUCGGGCGAACCGGGCUCGUCCAGCGAUAUGACCGACAGCCAGCAGGAGCGUGAACGUCGCGCCAAGGAUCCGGAAGCGAUCCGCAACCGGUACGUAAACCGCGUGCUCGACGGCAACCAAAGCGACACGGAACCGUUGGCUGAGUAAAGGCGUGAGCACCGUCGGUGCAAAACGUCCCAUCGAGGGCGUGCUGGCGUCAAACUCUUCCCGCAAGAUGAAAACGAAAAUGUGCUCGAGCGGUGGAGGCUCAUUCCGGUUUUGAUGGAGGCUGUGUCCGUGUGCGUCCCCGUGUACGUGUGUAUAUGUGUGUGCGUGUGUGUGCGUGUUAUGUCUUAAAUGUCUCUAUCCGUCUACGUAUGUAAGACUAUUCUUAUUCUUUUAGAUGUACUUUAUAGAUGAUGGUUAUUUUAUCGAAACUGAUUAGCGAAUGAGUGCGUGAGGGAGGAAUGUGUGAGGAAAGACUUGAAGGCAAGGGCUCGAAAAAAGUGUAAUAGCGGGAAUGGAAGAGGAUGCUCUCGAAAAAUGGCCAAGGUUAGUCGAUGGAAAAAGUAUUAACCGCAAAGAGGAGAACAGCAUAAUUCUAAUCUAAACCAUUCUAACGCAAAACAAAAAAGACACUUUAACCACCCAACACUUCCCCUCACUUUUGUAUUGUGGUCAGUUGUUUCUUUCCUUCAUGUUAGACUGUUUUACAACUAUUAGAGUACUGCUACCACAAAUAGUGCCAACGAUGCCAAAAAAGAAGGAGUUUUUGGAAGGGAAGAAAACAAGUUACAAAAUUUAAACUCACACACACACAGAAACUUUACAAUAGGUGAAAGGGAAACUGGGUGGGUUGGUUAUAUUGCAUUUUCAUUGUUGAUGUUAUACACACACAGAACAAAAAAAAACGAAAGUUUAUGUUUAAGCGAUGGCGCCACUACCACCAAACCAAGUGCGCACACAAAGGAGCGUUGUCGCUUACCUGUACCGUAGCAUGUGUUAGUUUAGUAGUGGAAAUAUAUAUUAUAUUGCAUCGGUACGAUGCUAUUUUACAUAUCACAAAUAUCUCGCCCGGGUGUUUAUGAGGCUUACCCGGGCCUAGCUGUGAACUAUGUAUAUUGGCCAGAGAGAGAGAGAGAGAAAGAGUGGCAAAAUAUGUUCUAAUAUACACAAAUCUAUGCAAAUGUAAA